ACUAUGAGCGCUCACGCCCCUCCCGGUGUUCUGUGCCGGCACCAUGUGACCUGCGCGCUGACGUCACGCGGCCGACGUUGACAGGAAGGAAGUGGUGUGAGUGAGGCGCUCGGUGUCAUGUCUGGUCUGGGGGUGUCGAGUUUGUUCUCCGGUCCGGAGGUUCUGGAGGACUCGUCUCACGCCUCGUCUCUUCUAGCUCAGCUGAAAUCGUUCUAUGACUCGCAGCUGCUGUGCGAUGUCACCCUCCGUGUGCUGGGAGGGGGCCCCGAGGAGCCGGAGAGUAGCCGGAGCUUCCUAUGUAACCGUAAUGUACUGUCUGCGGCCUGCCCGUACUUUAAGAGCAUGUUCACCGGGGGGCUGUAUGAGAGCAAGCAGCAGGAGGUCACCCUGCAUGACGUCAGCCCAGAGUCCAUGGCCCUAAUCAUUGACUACUGCUAUACAGGCCGAGUCACCGUCACCGAGGGAAACGUCCAGCGCCUCUACGCCGCUGCCGACAUGCUGCAGCUGGAGUACGUACGGCAAGCCUGUGCCAACUACCUCGCCCGCCGCCUCGACCUUCACAACUGUGCCAGUAUCCUCCGCUUCGCGGAUGCCUUUGACCACCCCGAGCUUAGGUUGCGCUCCCUCGCCUUCAUGGCACGCCACUUUGAGCAGCUCGCCCUUGGGGAAGAACUUUGUGAGCUGAGCUUGGCCCAGCUGAAAGCGGUCCUGAGCAUGGACAACCUGGACGUGGGCAGCGAGAGAGUGGUGUGCAACGCCGCCCUGCGCUGGCUGGAGGCCAAUCCCAAGGAGGCGACUGAUGGGUGCCAGGAGGUCCUGGCCUGUGUCCGAUGGCAGCACUUCACAGAGAAGGACCAUGUGUAUCUGGAGGGCCUCAGGGCCAAGCCAUUGGUGCGCAAACAGUGCUUGCACUAUCUGGACUCCAUCCUACCAGGCAAGGAGGAUAAACACGCCGCCUGCAUGCUACCGUGCCAGGAGAGUAGUCCGCUCCGCAGAAUCGGCAUGAUAGCCAAGGAAAUGGUCAUCUUCUUUGGUCACCGUAAGGAGCCCUUCUUGUGCUAUGACCCUUACUCAGGGGACAUUUACACCAUGCCUUCUCCACUGACCAACCUAGCGCAUGGCAAAGCAGUGACCUCAUCUGCUGUAUGCGUCUCCCCAGAGAAUGACUUGUACUUGGCCACUCAACCUAUGAAGCAGCUUUGGGUUUACAGCCCCGUCCAGAACAGCUGGCAACUCCUAGCAGAAAGGCUGCUGUGCCGAGAAGGUAUGGAUGUGGCUUACCUCAAUGGUUACGUCUAUAUUGUAGGCGGACGUGACCCAUCGACCGGUGCCAAGAUCAAAGAUGUGGAAUGCUACAGCGUGCAGAGGAAUCAGUGGGCGCUGGUUGCUCCGGUGCCUCACUCUUUUUAUGCCUUUGAACUGGUGACCUGUAAUGACCAUUUGUACGCUAUCAGUAACAAAAGAAUGUUAUGCUAUGACCCUUCAUGUAACCAGUGGCUCAACUGUGCCUCUUUAAAGAGAUGCGACUUCCAGGAAGCCUGUGUCUUCAAUGACGAAAUCUACUGCAUAUGUGACAUUCCUUUGGUGAAGGCCUACAACCCAGCCAGGGGAGAGUGGCGACGGAUCAGCCCCAUACCCGCUGAAGGGAACACCAACAAUUACCAGAUUGUAAAACAUGGUUCCAAACUUCUGCUUAUCACUACUACCAUUGUUCAGUGGAAGAAGAACCGUGUGACUGUUCAUGAGUAUGAUUUGACCAACGAUCGCUGGGUGAACAUCGGCACCAUGUUAGGUCUUCUUCAUUAUGACACAGGCUUCAUUUCCCUUUCUGCCCGUGUCUACCCAUCUUGCUUGGAGCCAGGGCAAAGCUUCAUCACCGAGGAGGAAGACGUACGCAGCGAGUCGAGUACCGAUUGGAUGGAUGGCUUUAGCGAGUUGGACUCUGAAUCAGACAGCCUCAGCUCGUUUUCAGAGGAUGAGUGGCCAAGGGUGGCAGUGGUAAGGCCACCACGGUUAUAUAUUGAUGACUCUUUCUAAUCCCAAAUAGAAGAAGCAAUAUUUAUAUUUCCUAUCAAAGCUCCUACGUGCCGCGGGGUAAAGGGUUUGCGUAUGAAAGAGAAAACAUGCUGAGAUGCUGCACUACUUGAAAUGAUAACUUGUAACACUUCCUCAAACUUCUACAUCAUCCACUGGGUGCCCUGUGUUUUGUGUACAUUUCCUUUGCUUCCUUUGUUAAACAUUACACUGUGACCGUUUUUGUUCUAGAUUAGAAACAUUUGUUUGACCAAAAUGAAAACUUUUUUUUGAAGUAUAGAUUAUUAUUAACAUUACUCAUGGUCAUGUCUAAUUUUUUGGGCAUUUCAGGACAUUGAACAUGUUCUUUUUUGCUUGUCAAAUAAUUUUAAGUAGGUUUUAUUUAUUUUUUCAAACUUUUGAGAUAAACAGUGUUAAAAAUUUAUGUUGACAAAUUAGAAAAUGUUCUUUUUUUUUUUUUUUUUUGGGAGAGGGGAGCACAAUUUGUCCUACAACUUCAUAGCAAUAAAAACAAGGAUUGACGGAAUUAUACAUGUUGUGGCUAAUAUGGCCUCCAACAACCGCCAAAACCAAA